GGUCACACACAGGACCAAGCAGGCGAAGGAGAUCUCAGCAUUUUGACCCUUUAUUACAAAUGGAGAAACAUGAAGAUGUUCAAUACUGUUUUCAAGACAGAAACUCUUCUUGCAGAAAGGCUUUGCUAUCGACAUCUAUCUACAUAACACUGUACAUCUUCUGCUCAUUGAUUUCAGCAGUUACAGCUUUUUUGAAUGUACUGGUGAUCAUCUCCAUCUCUCACUUCAAGCAGCUCCACACUCCAACCAACCUGCUCAUCCUCUCUCUGGCUGUGUCAGAUCUCCUGGUGGGACUGAUCGUGAUACCAGUAGUGACUGUAGCAAUUAUGGAACCAUGCUGGGGAUUUGGGGAAUAUUUCUGUGUGUUUCAAUUCUACAUCUCUUGUUUGUGUACUUCUUUAUCUCUGGGCAAUUUGGUCUUGAUAUCCAUUGACCGCUAUAUUGCUGUGUGUGAUCCCUUAUUGUACCACUCUAAAAUAACAAUAACAAGAAUUAUAUGUUGCAUAUCCAUUACCUGGUGUUAUUGUAUCAUAUACCGUGCUGCUAUUAUGAAAAUCUCUGUGAAAAUACAAGUACCAAGUAGUUGUUUGAAAGAAUGUUUUAUUGUAGAAGAGUUAAUCUGGGUUAAUAUAAUUGACCUUGUAUUUACAAUGGCUGUCCCGUGCUCUAUUAUUAUAACACUUUAUUUGAAAAUCUUUGUGGUGGCCAGAUCACAGGCCAGAAAGGUGUUUUCAAAAGAGGCUGCCAGUGUGUCUGGUGUUAAAACUGUACAGGCAAAUAAGUCUGAGACAAAAGCAGCAAAAACUCUAUCUAUUGUUGUUUUCACCUAUCUAAGCUGUUGGAUUCCUUUUUUCUUUUUUUAUUUAGUCAAUUUAGAUUCAUCAUCACUUUUCUUUAGCUUUCUACCACUUUGUAACUCUUUAAUUAAUCCAAUAAUUUAUGCUUUCUUUUAUCCAUGGUUCAAAGUGACAGCUAAACGUAUUUUAACUCUGAAGUUAAGGCGUUCAUAGUUCCUAUGUUUUUAUGCCUAACUUUGACAAACACGUUUGAUGUUGUGUUAUGCAAUUGUUGUAAUUGCUUAUUUCACGUGUCAAUACACUGACAUUAUUUAUGUUGUUGUUGUAAUAAUAGAGAACAUUCUGUUGAUACAGAAUGUUUGUCUGAAUUGGAUUGGAAUUAAUCAGACAAGGCAUAUGAAUAGAUAAUCUUGUUUUAUAAAAGACUUUGGUUGUACUUUCCAAAUACCAAAGUCUGUGGUUGUUGCAUGUUAUUUAAUGUGAACCCAGGAAGAUUAGCUGAUGCUUUUGCAUUGGCUAGUGGGGAUCCUAAUUAAUACCAAAUUCCAAAGUCUGUGGUUGUUGCAUGUUAUUUAAUGUGAACCCAGGAAGAUUAGCUGAUGCUUUUGCAUUGGCUAGUGGGGAUCCUAAUUAAUAACAAAUUCCAAAGUCUGUGGUUGUUGCAUGUUAUUUAAUGUGGACCCAGGAAGAUUAGCUGAUGCUUUUGCAUUGGCUAGUGGGGAUCCUAAUUAAUUAAUUAAUACCAAAUUCCAAAUGUACAUUUUAAGGAUGUCAUGAGUAAUUCAAUUUACUUUCUAAUAUUCCCCCCUAGUGGCGCAAUUGGGACACAACGCCUUCUACAAGUACAUUAAAGUUUAAAUGUACAAUACCUCAUGAUAUCAGAUAACAUCCAGAUCUAACUAAAUUGUGUAUUGUGUAAGUAGUUGAUGGUAAAAUGUAAUAAUAUGCAAUUAUGGGUAACACUUUAUAAUAACAUUCAGUUAUAAACCAUUUGUAAGACAUUUACAGUUUGAUCACUAUUUAUUAUUAGUUCCACAUUUGCUAAAUGUUAAUCACCUGGGCAUUAUGACAUGUAUAAAUAACUACUAUAUGCAUUAAUGAUUAAACACAACAGUUGCAGGAGACCACAGUAGACACUUCAACCUCAACAUACUGGUUAUGAACACUGCCAUUACUCUCACUUACCAAUACUUCUCUGUGUUGUCAUCAUAGAUAGAUGUGUUGUUGAUACAAAAUGAUUAGGCUGGAUUGGAAUGGCUUGGAGAAGGCAUAAGAAGUCAUUUUGGGUUGUAUAUUCCAAAAACCAAAGUCUGUGGUUGUUCCAUGUUAUUUAAUGAUACAGUAAAUAGUAUGUAAUUAUUCUUAAAGUACAUUUUGAGGAAGUCAUGAAUCAUUCUGUAUAUUGUCUAACAUUACCCUCUAGUGGCUCAAUUGGGACUCAAUGCCAUUAGCAAGUGUAGUGGAUCUGAAAUGUUCAAUACUGCAUAUUCGAUGACGUCCAAGUCUAUCUCAAUGGUGUAUUGUGUAAGCAGUUGAUGGUAAAAUGCAAGAAUAUGCAGAUAAUGUGUAACACUUUAUAAUAUUCAGGUAUAAACCAUUUGUAAGGCAUUUACAGUUUGCUCACCGUUUAUUACUAUGCACACAUUUGCUGAAUGUUAAUCACCUGGGUAUUAUGACAUUUUUAAAUUACUACUAUAUGCAUUAAUCAUUAAACACAACAGUGAAGGAGACCACAGUAGACACUUCAACCUCAAUAUACUGGUUAAGAACACGACCACUACUCUCACUACCACUACUCUCACUACAUCACUGCUGCCAGGCCAGGGGUCACACCAGAGCAGCUCUCUCAGAAGCUGUUUAGUGUGAAUGAAUAUAGUGAUUGGGUAACACACUAAAUAAUUCAUAAUGGAUAAGUAAAUAGUUUAUUCAUCAUUCAUGUAUCAUUACGCCCACAUUUGUUUUAGCAAGCUAGUUAUUCCCACAUUUAUAAACAACUUAUUUAGUAUGUAAUAAUGAUUCACAAGAUGUUUAAUAAAUAUCCUUAUAAACCA